AUGCAGGAAUCCACUUCUCACCAAAUAUUCUCGAUUUCCCUAAUCCUAAGCAACAUCUUCUUUCACAUUCCCUUAGAACAUGACGUUUUACCUUUCGCCAGGGUGAAUCGUUGGUGGAAUCGGGUGGCCACCGAACGAUUGUGGUACAAAUUUCGCGGACUGAAGAACGACAAACGUACCCAAUCCUUCGCAAAAUUCUUACGAGUCUUGAAAUUAGCCAAGGAAGGAAAGUGCAUUCAUAAUUACGGAAAAUAUGUUCGCAUACUAGAAUUAGAUAGACUUAAGUUAGACCAUCAAACCAUACUCGAAACCUUGGAUUGUUGUCCGAUAAUUGAGGAAUUUUGUAUCGGGGAAAGGGUGUUGAACAAAGAUCAAGUAUACGAUUUCGCUGAGCGAUUGAUGUACCUCAAACAUUUUAGAUUAUCCGACUCGGUGGAAAUCAACGAUGGGAGAGCGAUAGGAGCGCUAGCGGAAUAUUGUCCUCACCUAGAGAUCUUGGAAUUAAAAAAGGACAUCGUGUGUGCCGGUGAAGUUUUACUGUGGAUUGUGGAGAAAUGUCGAAGAAUUCGUCGGAUUGAGAUUUUCGAGAAAAAUUACGAAGAUGAAAUUAUGAUUCCAAUUUUUCUACUAAUCCCAAAUAUAACUUCAUUGACGCUUCAUCAGUGUAUCUCGUUGAGUGAAGAGUUUUUGUUGAAUAUCUUCAAGCUUUGUCCAAAGUUGGUCACGUUAAAGGUGACCAACAUGGCAGAGAUUACAACGGCGUUCGUGCUGGCCACAGCGGAACAUUACAAGAACUGUCCGAGGAUUACGGUGCAAAAGGUUGAUCGUGUGUUGGACAGCUGCGUGGAGGCCUCGGAACAGGAUUUGAGAGCGUGGUUGUAUGAUUGUGACCCGGGACGAAUCAUUGAUUACUGUACUCAUAGGAAGGAGAGAUUGAAAGAGAUGACAUUGAUGGAAAUCGAAUUAAAUAAGAUGUCUUUUGGGGUUAUCUGUGAAGGAUUGGAGUUGGUUAAGUUGGAGUUAAAAAGUAUUACGGGAUUACAAAAAUCGGAUGUAUUGGAAUCGCUGCCGAAGCUAAGAAAUCUGCAAACAUUUUUCGUCAGGUUCUCUCACAUCGGUGUUGAAACAUUCAUGGAUGAGGAUGUGGAUAAACUGUUCAACGACACCGAAUUUCGACGCGCAGAGGACGUAGAGAAUGAAGACGAGGAAAUGGAGGAUGUCGACGAAGUUAUGGAUGGUAUCAAUCCCAAAGGAAAGAGAAAUAAGAGUUUAACUCUCGAUCCUUCGGCCGUCUCACGCUUUGUUCCAUCGGCAAGCAAUACCUUCCGAUAUUCAAGCGAACCGGGAAAAACAGAAAUUUGUGUGGUUGGAAUGAAGUGCGGAGAGACGAUAAACUUCCAAGGUUGUGUUCUCGCGUCAACCGUAUAUGGAGACGCAAUCGUCAUGGGCUAUCGUUUGAGCUCCGGUACAACCUCAAUAAAAGACUGCUCAGAAUAUGAGCAGAUCAAAAACAAUGACCUUAUAUUCUAUCCGCUGUUCUCUCCGAAAACCCACGCAUCGAUCUCCAUCGAGUCGGCAAAAAAAGGAAACAACGAAAUACAACGGAUCUCACAUUCCGGAAUAAACACACCGCCCGAAGUCACUAAGAUAGUGUACUCCCUUUUGAAUGAAUUGAUCCUUGUUGAAGAGGAGUUUGAUACUAUUCUAGCUUUUCGCGGGAUGUCAUGGUGUGGCGUUAAGGGCGUGGAAUCGUUAGCACAACCUUUUUUCAAAGGAAUCUUUUCCGUGGAACGCAUAAAUGGGAAGCAAGAUUUGCUUGACAUCACAGGCUUUCAUCCGAUUCUUGACGUUACCCCUGAUGUGACGGUCCUCGAUACACCCGAUUCAUGGAAAAGCGCUGCCAAUCAACUUGCCGUAGCCACUACUGAAUAUAGUAUUCCGCCUGUCACCAUCGUCUGUGGGCACCAAAAUGUUGGAAAGUCUACAUUUUCUAGAUACCUGAUAAAUAAUCUGUUUAACAACUGUCCCAAGGUUGCCUACAUUGAAAGCGAUAUCGGCCAAUCCGAAUUCACACCAUCCGGCCUCCUAUCUCUGAACAUUUUGGAUUCACCUAUUUUCGGCCCACCAUUUACGCACAUUCAACAACCUUACCGAUCUUACUUCUUGGGUAAUAACACUCCCCGCGAUGAUCCUGAUUAUUAUUUGAAUUGCCUGCGCGAAUUAAUUGUCGCAUACCGUCGUGAUAUUGCGUGUGGCCCCGAAUUUGGCAUGCACGCGGAUGAUGAGACUCUACAUAUUCCAUUGGUCAUAAAUACCCACGGAUGGGGUAUGGGUUUCGAUCUCUUGAUUCAUCUCCUAGGUCUUAUCAAACCGACGCACAUCAUUCAAAUGUACUCGCCCACAAGCACUCAUAAAAAUAUUCGUCCGCUUCCCGAUCACGUCACCUCUCCACCGAACGAGGAUCCACCUAGAGUCAUAUUUGUUGAGAUUGUCGAUUCGAAAAAGACUCCUAUGAGAUAUAACUCAUCAGAUCAUCGAAAUUUAACAUUGCUUUCUUAUUUUUAUAUGGACGCUGCUCUGGGGCAAAAACGGGAUGAUGUUAAAUGGUGGAAAUUUGACAAACCUUUGAUCUAUCAGGUUCCAUGGUGCUUGGACUGGACCAAAGGAUUGUCCAAAGGAAUUUUUUUGUUGUCCGGAGAUGUCCCUUGGAGUCAGUUGCUGUACGCCCUGAACGGGUCGUUGGUCGCGAUGAUCGGUGACGUCCCCGAGUACAAUGAUGAUAAUCAAGAGCGCUCCGAAGAAAAUACUUUUUCAAAGGAAAUUUUACUGGGAAGAAAAGACUCGAUGAUUCAACCACCCCUCUACUUUCCGUGCCCGGACUAUCCACCGCCACCACCACCCGAGCACUCCUGUAUAGGUCUAGCAAUAAUACGAUCAAUAGAUCCAACCACCCACACCUUUCAUAUCCUUACCCCGCUUCCUUAUGACCAAUUGCGAAAAGUUAAUGCCAUGGUCAAAGGAAAACUAGAAUUGCCUAUAUGGUUUAUGUUGGAUCAUGCCAAAAGUCAUUCUACGGGUGUCUGUGGGAUACCGUGGAAACGCAUACCAUACAUGAGUUUUGAAGCAGGUUCAGGCGUAGGGAAUGAAUCUCUGCGUAUUAGAAAGAAGGGAAUGAUGAAAGAUAGUGUGAAAAACAAGGGGUGA